CCACGUCCCACUACUAUCGCCUAUCGCCAUCGAGCUGGGCUGCGUGUUUACCGCGUGCUGUGCGCUAAGGAAGUGGUUUAAUCGAUUUGUGUGCUUUGCAAAAGAGAAACAGUAAUGUCUUACAAAGGUGGUCCUGGUCAAAAGGUGCAGAAGGUGAUGGUGCAGCCCAUCAACCUUAUUUUCAGGUACCUGCAAAAUAGAGCAAGGAUUCAAGUGUGGCUGUAUGAAAAUGUGAACCUUCGCAUUGAGGGACACAUUAUUGGUUUUGAUGAGUACAUGAACCUUGUCCUGGAUGAAGCUGAAGAGAUCUACACAAAAACAAAACAGAGAAAGCAAGUUGGUCGUAUCCUGCUGAAAGGAGAGAACAUCACAUUAAUCAUGAGCACACAGGCCAUGUGAUUCGAGUGCGCUCAUCCUUGUUGUGUACUUUGUCUCAUUCCAUCACAACAUGUUCUUUUUUCUUUUUCAUUUGUACAGCACCUGAAACAUAAAUGUAUUGGCAUUAUGUC